AUGGCAUUUCUUCCACCAAAUUUAAAGAUUAUGUUUACACCAAGACCACCACCACCAUUUUUGCCACCACCAGAACCAUCGAAUUUACCACCCUAUACCGGAUUAUCAUCCUAUACUUCAUAUUUUGAAGAUCCAUCAAAAGAAGAACCAUUCAAAAGGGAAAUUGUUGAAUCUGCUACAGAAAAAAGAGAAAAGAAAAGAAAGGCAAAAGAAGAUGCAAACAAUGAAAGAAAUGCAAAACAUUUAAAAUCCUGGGAUCCAUACUCACACCCAGAACUUCACACAGGAGAUCCAUAUAAAACAAUAUUUGUCAGUAGAAUAAGCUAUCAAACCACUCAAAAAAAAUUAGAAUAUGAAUUUUCACAAUUUGGUAAUAUUAAAAGUAUAUAUUUAGUUAAAGAUCCAAAGAAUCCACAAAAACACAGAGGCUAUGCAUUCAUUGAAUUUGAAAGAGAAAGAGAUAUGAAAGCUGCAUACAAACAAGCUGAUGGAAUGAAAAUUGAUGAUAGACGUAUUUUAGUUGACAUUGAGAGAGGCAGAGUUAUUAAAAAUUGGAAACCAAGAAAGUUUGGAGGUGGUUUAGGUAAUACAAGAGCAGGUGGUGCUGAUGUGAAUCAAACAUUCUCUGGCAGAGAGUUAUCAGAGCAAAGAGAAAAAGAAAAGGAAAGAGAAAAAGAAAGAGAAAGAGAAAGAGAAAGAGAGAAAAAGAGAGGUGCCGCUGGUAGUAACGAAAGAGACCGUGAUAGAGAAAGAGGAGGUAGGGAUGAAAGAAGAGACCGUGAUAGAGACCGUGAUAGAGACAGAGACAGAGAAAGAGAUCGUGAUAGGGAUAGAGAUCGUGACAGAGAUAGAGAUAGAAGAGACCGUGAUAGAGAUAGAGAUAGAGACAGAGAUAGAGAUAGAGAUAGAGAAAGAGAUUAUCGUGGUGGGGGUGAUAGGGAUCGCGAAAGAGAAUAUCGUGAAAGAGAUCAUCGUGGUGGUAGUGAUAGAAGAGACCAUCGUGAAAGAGAUCAUCGUGAAGACAGAGGAAGAAGAGAUCAUGAAAGGGAUGAUAGAGACGGAUAUGGUCAUCCACCACAAAUCAACAACCAUCAGGAUAAUUAUCAACAACAACAACAACAACAACCACAGCAACCACAGCAACAACAACAAUAUCAACAACAAACUCAACCAGGUCAACAAUACAACAACUCACAUCAACAAGAAAGAACAAACAGAGAUUACUCCAUGCUUGCUAAUGGUGAAAAUGGCUACUAUUAA